UGAUCACGAUAUCAUUGAGGCGAUGCUCUUCCUGGCGUUUCGUCGCGCGUGAACGCGGCUACGACCCCGUCUUCACUACAACCACCAUCCCGGCACCCCCUGCUCGACGCGAGCAAGGAUGAGCUUGGACAAGAACCUCUUCACGCUGCUGUUUCGACAGCGCGACGACGAUCCAGCCUCCGUCGAUCUCGUCGAUCCCGCAGGAACUGUGCAUUAUCAGAAACGCCUGGCGGCAGGCCCUGUGUAUAGAGCGGAAGUAACUGACCCUCUGACCCAGUCUUUGCUGGCAAGCGCGACAGCUCCGGCAGCGUUGAAUAAGGCCAAGACCCUCGAGCUGUACAACCCUAAUAGUGUCGUCGAGCUCAAGCAUACUGGCCUCCUAACCUUCAAAUGGACCUUCAAGUGGGGCGAGCAUGAAUUCGAGUGGAAGCGCGAAGCAUGUUAUCUCAUCCGCAAGCCUGACCCCGCUGUCAUGGUCGCGAUCACCAAGGAGCCUACAGGCAAGAUUCAGACCACGUCCGUCCAAAUACUGGACUACAAUCUUAACCGAUUCGACAUCGACGACCGCAAGGGUCUCGAGCUGGUCAUCCUUACAGCCCUUCUCACUUUCCAAGACUACAACAUCGCCGCGAAGGCGCCCAAAGGAUCGACGUCUGCAACCGCAACGCCUUCGCGCACGAACUCCGCAGAUGCUCUCCUUGCACCACCCCCAGUCACUAAUGUUGCUAUUGCUACACCCCUGCCCCCUGCACCAUCUACGUCAAAGGAAGCGAUCCCUGCGACACCGCCUGUUCGCGAACCGGUGGCCGAUCCAGCUCCAGAGUACUCUCCUCCGGUCCCACCAAGGAACCAGCCUCGCUCUCGCUCUCCCGCUUAUGCCGCUGCCGCCGCACGAGCACCUCGACGGUCGCGCUCACCUGACCGCACUCGUCUGGCCCCGCCUGCCCUGCCUCCGAGGGCCGAAAGUUCGCCAGGUCCUCAACGACGUUCACCAGCUCCGCAACGACAGUCACCACCACGCCAACGCUCACCUAGUCCGGCGCAUUUCGUUGAUGUCCCUCCGCCAUCGGCGAUCAACCGAGUGGCCGAAGCCGAGCGCGAGCGAGCACUGUUCAGUGUUGUGCGCGUGGGAGACGACAUGAACGUGAAGAGUUAUUCCCAAUUCUGCUGUAACCUUCUGAAGGACGACACCCUCAUGUACAUCACAGUCAAGUCCAGCAUUGCCAAGCACGUCGACAAAACCAUGAAGGUCGCCGAAAAGGUCAACAAAGAUUACCGCAAGGUAGUCAAGAAAGACUCUGCCGACCUGCACCAGUACGUCUCGUGGGACUUCCCCGCCGCCGAGGACGACAAGAAGGGUAAGAAGAAGAAAAGCAAGAAGGGCACGCCGCCGACGGGGGUCAUUGUGCACCUCAGCAAGAAAGCGAUGCCGGAGCUGGAGCCGAAGCUGUCGACGCCGUCGGCGGAGGAUGUGCCGUCAGCGGCGUCGUCACCUGCAAUUCUGACACCCUCACGUCCGGCGGGACAUGGCCGCUAUGCAUCCGAGCCUCCACCUAAGCAUCCUGCAAAGGAGGUGUCCAAGAAGACUGGGAAGAAGGCAUCCACCCCAGAGGUCCAAGUGUCGUCGCCUUCCUCCUCCGACCCUCUCGCGCCAGUACGCGGAAGACAGCGGGGCAAGUCCCAAGACUCGCCAUCAACCCUAAAGAUACCAAUCAUGCCUCGGCAACCGUCAUCGGGACGCCUGGACAUCCCAGGACCUUCGCGCUCUCCUCAUCACUCGUCUCCUUCCACCCCUCGCUCCGCUUCGCCCUCGCGACACCAGCGUUCGGCUUCAGCGACGCCUUCGCCGGGUGAGGUGUCGGGGUCGAGCGGCGGUGGGCAGAGUCAGACCCUCUCGCGACUGGACCCGAUCAGCAAUCCUUUCUUACGACCGAGGGCGGCCACUGCCACGGCGGAGACGAAUGCGCAGAAUAGGCAGACGUGGUUUGGGAGUUUCUUCGGGAGGAGCGCGGUCCGUGCAGGGUAAAGAUGUACGGUCGAGCUCCGAGCGUCGCCCAAUGAGAAGGUUUGAAGGAAACAACACGGACUCACCAUGGACCUGGAAGAUGGAUUACUUAUUCGCACGAUCUUUACGUGCUACUGUUGAUUCAUGGACUUUUAGAUAUGCUGGUUGUGCUCGGUAUACAGAAUGCGAGCGCUUAUGUCUACGAUUGCUACAGCUGCUUUCAGUGGCCUUUCGGAUGCUCAUGUGCGGUAGUACAGUAUGAUCACGGUUCCUACUUAGACGCGAUCGGCGCAAGCUGAUCUUGCCCGACA